AUCUUAGAGAGGCGCACCGCUCGCCAUGGAUGUCAUCACGUGCCGUGGCGCGAAGAUCUGCAGCCCGUUGGUUGCCAGUGACGGCUCUAUCUACUACGUGUCUGCAGGAACAGGCGAGGUGUUCCAGUAUCAGCCCCCAGACACUCACGCCCCCGUUGUCUUUUCCGGCGGGGAGCCUUUGGGAGCCCAGUUCGACCACCAAGGUCGUCUACACCUCGCCGACUGUGGCCAUGCAGCUAUCCUCCGGGUGGACGACGCUGUAGAGCCUUGCGUGAUGGUCAAGACGUACGAGGAACGCGCUUUCCGAGGUCCCAGCGAUAUUGCGUUCGCACAGGACAACACCCUUUUCUUCACAGAUAGCGGCCCCUUGGGCGAAACAACGCUCGAGAAACCUCGAGGUAGCGUCUUCUGCAUCGCGUCGAGUCCAAGCGGUGGCCAAGUGCUGCGUCCGCUGGUGAUGGAGUGCCUCGCAUACCCGUGGGGUAUUGCAGUAUCCCCAGACAAUGGUGCACUCUUCGUCACGGAGACCAUGAAGAAUCGCAUUGUGAGACUCCAUCAACGACCCAGCAAUGCCUAUCACGCGAGCGUCUUCUACCAGUUUUCAGGCGGAAUGGGGCCGUCGGGGAUUGCUUGCGGGGCUGACGGAACUCUGUACGUGGGACAUUACGACUUUUCAGGAGGAAACACUAGCCACGGGAAGAUCUCCAUUAUCGGGUCAGACGGCAUCCUAAAGCAAACACUGAAAAUUCCUGGUCCAGAAAUCACCGGCCUCUGUUUAAGUGCUGAUGAAUCCUAUGCAGUAGUCACAGAAGCAUCUACCAACACAAUUCACCGACUUCCAAUCCGGUGA